GCGCGCUUGCGCUUGCCCUGCUUCUCCUUCAACCUCAUUCACACCAACGCUGUGCUCUGCUGCUCUGCUCGCCAUGCCGGUGCCCACCCCAUCCAGAGUGUACACGGUCAGCGGAGGGGGAGGAGGGGCAGGCGAAUCAUCCACGCGCUCCACCUCGCUGCCCGACCUGCUGCGUCCUCACGGCUCCUCCAACAAGCGCCUCUCGCGCAAAAACGCAUCUGCGCGCGCACGAUCCAUCGCUCGAGCAGAGGAGCUCAACAAGAUCGAAUUGAUUCAGGAUUUCGAAUUCCCCGAAGCUUCCAAUAGGAUCGCUAGCACGCGCGAUGGCAAUCAUAUUGUCGCCACCGGCACUUACAAACCCAGCAUUCGCACGUGGGACAAUGAGCAGCUCAGCUUGAAGUUCCAACGCGUCACCGAAGCUGAAAAUGUCGACUUUGAGCUCUUGUCGGACGAUUGGACAAAGAUGCUUUUGCUGCAGACCGACCGCACGCUGGAGCUGCACGCCCGAGGAGGUUUCCACACGCGGAUACGCAUCCCCAAGUUUGGCAGAGCGCUGGCAUAUCACUACAAUUCUGCAGUCGCCUAUGUCGGAGCAGCGGGUGCGGAGGUGUACAGGCUCAAUCUGGAUCAAGGCAGGUUCCUCGCCCCCUUCGAGUUGGAUCAGGCUGGGUCAGCAGGUCGCAUAACAGGCUGCAAUGCGCUGGACGUCAAUCCUGCGCACGGCCUCAUGUCGUUGGCAACCGAAGGCGACGCUUGCGUUCAACUGUGGGAUGCUAGGAGUCGCAAUAGAGUCGGCAGCAUCUCCAUUGCCACUAGAUCUACAAGGCAAGCUGCUCUGCUAUCUGCCCGAAAUGCCCUGCCUGGCAUCUCCUCAGUCGGCGAUGGCGAUUCCGUCAGCAGCGACAAGACCAUCACAUCCCUCCUCUCUGCAACUUGUCUACGAUCUGCGCAAGACGGUCUCAAUCUGGCAGUGGGCACCACUACAGGUCACGUGCAGCUCUACGACUACAGAAUGUCAAAUCGAGCGUACAAGGAGAAGGAUCAAGGAUUCGGUCUGCCCAUCAAUAGCCUGAGCUGGUGCGGCGACGCGCCUCGCUUGCUGAGCGGUGAUGCGCCCAGCAACUCUCAUCAUCCUCGUUCAGAAGCCAAAGAUUGCGUCUUGUCAGCCGACUCAAAGGUCAUCAAGAUCUGGUCCCGCUCCGAGCAAGACGAUGCAGCGGCUCAGCCUUCCACCUCUUCGACGACCAAUCUGGCAUCCAUUCCCUCAUCCACAGCGUCUGGCGAUUUCAAUCAAGUUCAUCACAUCCCUGGCACUGGCAUGCUCGUCGCUGCGAUGGAAGCCACACGAUGCGCGGCUUGGUAUGUGCCUACCCUCGGCCCCGCUCCUGCUUGGUGCAGCUUCCUGGACAGCCUCACCGACGAGAUGGACGGCGAUGUGGCCACUCUGGGCAAAGAGAAUAAGCCGGGCGUCUAUGAUGAUUUCAAAUUUGUGGACAAGGAGGAGCUGAGAUUACUCAAUAUGGAGCACAUGCUCGGCACAGACCUUUUGCGCCCCUACAUGCACGGUUACUUUGUGCAUUUGCGUCUGUACGAAAAGGCUAGGCUGCUGGCCAAUCCCACUGCCUAUUCUGAUGCGCGAGAGAGGGCUAUUCGCGAGAACAUCGAAAAGGCGUCGAAGAGCCGCAUCAGGCCUACAUUGCGGGACGAGGAGAGGUUGCGAAGCGCAAAGAAGGAGUUGGAAGGUAUUCGAGUCAACAGGGAGCUGGCGCUCAAGAUUCAGAGGAGCGAGGAGAGGGCUAGCAGGGCGGCCGCAACGCAAGCCGAGGGCGAUCGAGAAAAUGCAGAAGAUGGAGCGGAUGGCGAACCGCAGGAGCCAAAGGUCAAUGCCAAGGCAUCGAGGAGGGCGGAGAAGAUGGAUGCUGGCAAGAAUCUGCUGCGGGACGACAGAUUCAAGGAAAUGUUCAGCGAUCCAGCUUUCGAGGUUGACAAGAACACGAGGGAGUGGAGGUUGCUCAAUCCUUCUGGUGAAGCAGGCGUGGACAUCAAUGCGCAGGACUCGGAACGACAGGAGAGGGAGGGCAGGGAUAGGCCGUAUGCAAAGACGGCUGCGGAACUGGAGGACGAGGAUGGGUGGAGCGAGAGGGAGAGCUUGGAUCCUGACGAUGAGGGUGACAGGAGCGACGCCGGUGAUUCGCAGCAGAGUGACAGCGAGGACGAGGGAGCACUCGCCGGCAUCGACCCACGCAAGCGUCUAGGCGGCAAACAGGGCCAGACGGCGCAAGCGCGCGGAGCAGGCACGCGGCUGAUAGAGGACGAAGACGACUCUUAUGGAAGGGGACGCGCACCUUCAGCAUUGGGAGAUAGAUCCAAAGGCAGCCGCAGCUUCUCGCAGCAAUUGAAGCGAGGUGCAGCUUCGGGCCAGCGCGACGAAGAAGAGACGCUCCAAGCAGGUUCCAAAGAGAUUUCCUUUCUUCCCUCUUCCAAGCGCGCCGAGGGCGACUCGUCUAGGGGCAGCAGCAAGAAUGGCAAGAAAGGCCGAGCGGGCAAGAAUGGCGCUGGGGAAUCGUUUGGAGCGGGACUUAGCAGGGGUGCGGGCAAGGAGCAGGGCGUGGGUGUGGAGGGAUUGGAGGAGGACAAGAGGUUCGGAAGGAAGAAGAGGAGAGUGGCGGGGAGAAGCGCGAGUCGGAAUGUCAUGCUGCGUCGGUGAACAUUUCCGUCGCUCUCACUUUCAAUGCAUGGAAUGCGUGCGCAAGCUGUUUGCGGCGCGCCGCAAGUGUGCUCUCGUCCAAGUCUGC